AUGUUUGAAGCACGUCUUACUCAAGGUGGUCUCCUCAAAAAAUUACUUGAGUCCGUCAAAGAGCUUGUUACCGACGCGAACUUUGAUUGUAGCGAAACUGGUAUAGCUCUACAAGCUAUGGACAACUCUCACGUCGCGUUAGUAUCACUUUUAUUACGUUCUGAAGGAUUUGAACCAUAUCGUUGUGACAGAGGUUUCUCUUUGGGAGUGAAUCUAAACUCUUUAAACAAGAUAUUAAAGUGUGCCGCAAAUGAAGAUAUUAUUACUCUCAGAGCUGAUGAUAAUUCAGCAGAUAGUUUAAGUUUAUCUUUUGAGAGUCCAAGUAAUGAGAGAGUCAGUGAAUAUGAAUUAAAAUUAAUGGAUAUUGAUCAAGAGCAUCUUAGUAUUCCUGAUACGGAUUAUGAUGCUACUAUCGUUAUGCCAUCAGCUGAAUUUCAAAGAAUUUGUCGAGAUUUGACCGUUGUGAGUGAAUCAGUAACUAUUGAUGUAGCAAAAGAUACUAUUAAGUUUACUGCAGAAGGUGAACUUGGUUCUGGGAACAUUAAACUAAAAUCUACAUCAUCUAUUGAUAAGCCUGAAGAAGCUGUUACUAUUGAACUUGGUCAAGAUGUUUCACUUCAAUUUUCUCUUAAGUAUCUUACAAAUUUCACAAAAGGUACCCCAUUAUCUGAAAGUGUUAUGCUCUGUUUAUCUGAAAAUAUGCCUUUACUUGUAGAAUAUAAAAUGGUUGACAUUGGUUAUAUUCGAUAUUAUCUUGCUCCAAAGAUUGGUGAUGAAUAA